AUGACAACACCAUUCAAAGACCAUGUCAGAGAGACGAGCAGCAUUGCUGCUACUGAGUUGGACAUUGACAUUCACAGCAGUGACAUCAUGCACUUCGCCCACCUUGGUUUUGCAGCAUCCAUCAAGUUCCUUGCAGAGCAGCAUGGUUUCAAUGAGAGCAUUGUUCACAAUGUUUACAAGCAACUUAAAGAUUACACAGAGGCGAGGGAUGUCAUUGAGAUGAUGCAAGAUGAUGUGGAGGAGUGGGCAGUAGAGGAGAUCUUGAAGCGAAAUGAGGAUGUGCAUGUCAAAGAAAGAGAUGAGAGCACGGAAGCAGAGGAUGCAAACAUCAAAGAUGAGGAGGAUUAA